GGGAGCUUACUGGCUGCCUCAGUCAGCUCCAGUGUACACACAGUCAGCCGAGCUCCACUCAGGAGAGCCGUGAAGAGGGGAAGAGAGUGAAAGAGAGAGAGAGCGGGAGAGAGAAAGAGAGAGAGAGAGCCCGAGAGAGAGAGAGAGAGAGAGAGAGAGAGAGAGAGCAAGCUAGAGGGAUCGCACGCGCAUGUGUGUAUGUGUGGUGUGUGCGUGAGAGAGAGAGAGAGAGAGAGAGAGAGAGAGAGAGAGAGAAAGAGAAAGAGAGAGAGAGAAAUAGAGCCAGAAAGAGAGUGAGGAGGGUGUGUGAGAGAGAGAGAGAGAGAGAGAGAGAGAGAGAGAGAGAGAGAGAGAGAGAGAGAGAGAGAGAGAGAGAGAGAGAGAGAGAAAAGAGUGAGUGAGUGAGACAGAGCAGAGGAACGCAGCUGCCGUCGUGGUCAGUGCUAAGAAGACUCGCAGUAGGGGCGGAAAUGGAGGGACACAGUCGUGGGAACUGACACACAAACAGUUGGGAUCGGCGGGAGCGACGAGGGAGAGAAGUUCAUGUGGACGGAGCUUGCCUGGCGAGGAUAAGGAUUAAAAGGAGCCUUGGGCUGGAUGGGUCCCAUUAUGCCGCCGGGCAAGAAAGCGGAGGGCCCGAGCAGUGGCAGCGUGGCGCGCGGCCUGAGCCAGCUGUACCCGGACGACGAGGCCACCGACCUGUCGCUCUCGCUGUCGGCCUCGCUCAGCCGCGCCGAGGACGAGGAGCUGACCAGCCUCAGCUGGCUCCACGAGACCAGCGACCUGCUGACCAGCCUGGGCCACCCGGGCCUCCGUAGCGUCAGUCCUGUCCAAGAUGGCGGUGCUGGUGGCGGUGGUGGUGGAGAAGGCGGCGGGGGGAACGGCGGUGGCGGGCGUGGUAGUGGGGGCUGUAGCGGUGGGCGGGACCUGUCCCAUCGUUCCUCGCCGUCCUCGUCACCAGAGCCGUCCGACGCGGGGGUGUACGACCUCCCGACGGGACCCAAUCGGAAGCCGCCGUACUCCUUCAGCUGCCUCAUCUUCAUGGCCAUCGAGGACGCGCCCAACAAGAGGCUGCCGGUCAAGGACAUCUACGGCUGGAUCCUGGACCACUUCCCUUACUUCGCUAGCGCCCCUACUGGCUGGAAGAACUCGGUGCGCCACAACCUCUCGCUGAACAAGUGCUUCAAGAAGGUGGACAAGGACCGCAGCCAGAGCAUUGGGAAGGGCUCCCUCUGGUCCAUCGACCCCGAGUACAGGCACAACCUCAUCCAGGCGCUGAAGAAGACGCCGUACCACCCCUACUCCCCCCGCCUCUCCAGCCCGCCCCCCGCCUCUCCCCCGACCUCCCCGCAGGCGUAUCACAGUACACCGUUGUGGUCUGGGAGUCCCCUCUUCAGGAAGAAUGGAGGAGUGUUGCUACAAGUUCCACAGAGGGUGAUCCAAAAUGGCGCCCGUGUGUCGAGCCAGGGCCUGUUUCCAGUCAUACGACCCCUUCACGCCAGUCCAGUGGGGCGCAAAGGAUCAGUUAUGAGGUCGGCUCUGGGUGACUUCCUGGCCAAGGGGACGAGCGGCCUGCUGGGUGACUCGGGCUCCGCCAGCGACUCAGAGAGCCAGGAGGACCACAACUACAGCAGCGGCAAGACGGAAAACCAGGAGCAGCAAGAGGAGCAGGAGCAGGAACGUGGUGGUGGUGGUACUGUCUGCCCAUCUUCAUCCUCAUCCACAUCCACAUCCACCAGCUCCUCCUCUACCACCUCCCAGGCCCAGGAGGAGGAGGAGGAGGAGGAGUGCAGUCGGGUUAAAAUAGAGGAGGUGGUGGCUGUGAAAGUGGAGGAUGUGGAGGGCCCAGUGGUGGUGGGCUGUGGUGUUACAAAGAAGGAGGAGGAGGAGGAGGAGGAGAGCCAGAGGGUGAAGCAGGAGCCUCAGGACAUUCCGCUGGACGCCUCCUCUCCGGCCUCCUCUCAACAGCAGCAGGAACAGGAGCAGGAACGGGAGCAGUGGCUCCAGCAGCAGGCGCAGAUGAGGCGUCGCGUACUCUGGGUCAAAGGUCAAAGGGGUCGGACGCCGGGGGACACGCUGCCGCUGAAGAAGAGGCGGGGCGUGGCGGCCAUGACGGUGGUGGCGGUGGCGACGGCGGCAGAGAAGCCGCCCGACAGCGACGACGAGGAGAUGAAGGAGGCGGCCGGCUCGCUGCUGCACCUGGCCGGCGUUCGCUCCUGCCUCAACAACAUCACUAACCGUACCGCCAAGGGCCAGAAGGGGGAGCCCAAGGACAAGGAAGCGCAGCAGAGGAGCUAAGAGUUAGCAACGAAACGCCAAGAAGAGGAAACAGAGCAAAAGGACGGACUGAGAAACGCAAGUGCAAAAAAUAAAGAAACACACAACAAAAAGCAAAACAAACAAAACACACAAGACUAGUCAGAACACAAAUACGUCAAGACAAGCAAGCGAAAGUUUCAACGUUUCAAAGACACUAACAAACGUUAAAAUAGAAAGGUAUAUAGCAAGAGUGAGAGGAAACAAAAGGAAGAGUAUACGUUCUUUCUCUGACAGAUUUUAAAGAGAAAUGUUUCCUUUCGUUUUUAUUUCCAGGAUAUCAGGUGACUUCUACUUUGUGGCAAUAUUAGAGAAUUGAAAAUUCACUGUUUCCCUUUUUGUUUUUGUUUUCAAAUUCUAUUUUAUACAGUAUAUUCUCAUGCUUGUGUUUGAGUGAAAUGAUGCUGAAUGUAUGUCUGAAUAUCUAUGUGUGCAGGUCUAUGUGUGUGUGUGUGUGUGUGUGUGUGUGUGUGUGUGUGUGUGUGUGUGUGUGUGUGUGUGCGUGUGUGCGUGCGUGUGUGUGUUAUUAUGUUUUAGGAUACAAAGCCAUAGUGUGGACAUUUUCAUUCGAAAGGUUUGUUUCUUCCCAAAUAUUACUUUGUCUCUGUGCUAAGGGGUCUGACACACCAAGGCGGUAAAGCGUCGCGGAACGGCCACGUUUUUUACCGGCGUCGGUGAAAAUACAUUGAAACCUAUCUGUCCUUACACACCAACCGGCGGUAGUCGGGCGUCAGCGGCGCGGGAGCCGGCUCCGCGCCGCGCUGCAUUUGGAAAAUAGAACUCGAGCGUAUUUUUCACGCCGGCGACCGGCGGUGUCUCAUUCAAAUGAAUGGCAAAGUAGCCAGCUUUGGCUGUGGCUAGGGUUUUGAAUAGGACUGGUCUCGCACGCCGACGCUGUCAGUGUGCAAGGCAGAGAAAAGCACGCCGGCCAAAACUAAGCAGAAAGACCGCGUCCGUCCUGCGACCGUUCCGUUCCGCCUUGGUAUGUUUUGGCCCUAACGGUUGAGAAAUGCAGCCGCACCUGAAGAAGAUGACCUGUAGCACUUAGGUGCUUAGACACAAACGUUUUUUAUAUAUAUAUAUAUACAGUAUAUAUAAAUCAAUUUGUUGCUGCUCAAAUCUGGGGUGCAUUUCUGGAAAGCGUAGUUUCUAACUAUGUUAGCUACUUUGUUGGUUGCAAUGCAAUUUUCCUGUUGGCAACUACCGAAGUUGCUAACUGCUAACAACUACGCUUUCCAGAAAUGCACCUCAGAGUGCCAAAGACAGUGACGGCUACAGGAAAAAAUAUAUAUAUGUAGACUAGCUGGUAGACCUUCCAUCACAGGCAGAGAUUGUGUCAGAGAAUAAGUGGCAGAGUGUCAAUAAGUAACAGUUGUCAAAAAACUCACUUGAGAAGAAGAGUUCCAGAAGAAUACAGUAGGUAAAAGGGGGAUACUCCUAAAUUCUGGGUACCGGUUACAAUGCACUGUACUUAAAUAGAGAAUAACCAUGCCCGUGUACAUCGAAGGCGAACUAAGCGACCUGCGCGGCGGAAGUCAUUGUUUCUCUAUGGAGGGAAGGCUUCUUGAGCGACCAGGGCGAAUUUUGGCGAUUAAACUCAAGCUAAUCUUAAGCGAAUUCGCUAUGACGCGGUUCGGCGAAAACCAAUUGGAACGUUCAUAUCGAGGAAUGUCCCAGGCUGUCAAGACAGAGUCGUUAUGUGAUUAGCUGAAUCAAACAUGUCAGUGCAGCGUCCAGAGCGAAUAAUACGAAUUCAUGGCGAAACUUCUUCAACCACCCCAGCUACCUGGGUCGCGUUGGUAGCGCUUGAUGUACACGGGGCAUAACCAUGUGGCCAAGCUGCUGUUUAUACGAGUAUGGAUGCAAAGGAACAUGUCAAAAUAUUUUAUCAAACAAGGCUUUUGUUAACAUGGCAAGCCUGCCAUCUGGGCCUAAAAACACAAAAAAAACUAAAGACGCCUUCCAGAGUGGGGAGUUUUGAAGACGACCUAGGUUGCGUCUCCGUCUAAACGGCAAUAAAGAAAGGCAAAAAGCAUUCACGUCCCAUACAGCUUUACAUCACACGUCUCCAGAUUUGUGCAUUUUCAGACCCAGACGGCACGGUUUCCCUGUAAACAAAAGACGCUUUUGAUAAAGCAUUUUGACGUUUCCACUCGCAAUCGUCCUCGUGUAAAAGGCAUCGAAAAUUUGAAGACGAGACGCCACUUUUGCAUCUGGUUUGAUUGUCACCAUGUAAACGUAGCCUAAGUUUGUUACAAUGUGUAACAUUGUGUACUUACUCUGUAAAAAAAAAAAAAAAGUUACUAUAAAGAUUAAGGUCAGUGUUGAAUAAGCACAGUGUAAGUAGAUAAUAUUACACACAGACACACUAAAAAGCAAUCAUGAAAUAAAGUGUUAACAGAAAAGGUCCAGUUCGUUGUGUCUUAGGGACAAUUAGGGUGUGCACUUACAGUAAGAGGUUGGAGUGGCCGUACUUUCCAAAUCUUCUUUGUCAGCACAAAAUCCCACUGCGGUAAAGUGUGUGUGUAUGUGUGUGUGUGUGUGUGCGCGCACACACAUGCGCGUGCUGCGUGAGUGUGUGUCUGAGUGUGUGUGUUGUUGGUGUGCGAUUGUAAGCUGUAUGCUGGGUCAGAGGCAAUAUUAAUAAUCGUAUCAUUGUGUUUUGUGUAAAUAAUUCACAUCUCUGUCUGCCAUUGAAUUGAACUGAACACUCAGAUUUGAAUGAGAAGCAAGUCUAAAACCCUGCUUGUCAUGUCAACACUACCAUUAUGGAGUACGAGUGAUUGGUCUGUCUGUCGUGUCGGUUUUGGUUUUGGUUUGACACCUUUUCUUUCCUUCCUAAGUCCUAAAAACAAACUAAGCAAUUUUUGUCCUUCGUGGACAACACUGAACAUUGUACAAAGGUAUAAACGUUUUCUUUUCUUUUUUCGUACGACAAGGCGGGUUUUUUUGGGCCUUACAGAUUUUCUUCUGAGUUGCGAUGCAUGGGCACUUGUAAAUAAGAUUGAAAAAGUAUUUUUUUCUUUUCAAAACCAUGUAAGAUAAUUAUGUAUUUAGCAUGAAGCAUGACUUAUUUUCAUAUAACUAUGAAUACUAUCCAGAGGAGGUGACCCCUCGACGUAUAUAUGUUUCCCAUUCUUCCCUUGUCAUGAAGUUAUAACAGUUCAACUGUUCAGAUGCAAGCCCCUCUAAAAGUCCUUGCAAAUAUCUGUAAAAUUUCAUUUUUAUAUAGCAUUAUCACCAAGUAAUUACCAUCAAAAAGCCAGUUACAUAUUAUUAUCUAUUACAGCAAGUCAAUCCCAAACAAAAUUAGAUGGACUGAUUUUGUAGAAAUACAGUCCGUUUUUGUAAACUUGUCACAAAUUCACUUAGAGGGUUUUGCAUCUGAACUCCUCAGUUUUCCGCAUAAAGCAGGCACCUAUCAAUAACUCUCCUCAUCGAACACACAUCAGUCUUCAAAAAAAGGGGAUCCUCCAGGAUCCUCUGUCCAUGACACAGUGUGUGUAAACGUGUUAGAAAUGGGAGGAGAGAAUGGUGUGUGUGUGUGUGUGUGUGUGUGUGUGUGUGUGUGUGUGUGUGUGUGUGUCUGUGUUCACUUUGUACACCCUUUAAAAUUAGUGCCUGCCU